AUGCCCACAAAUGUCUCCCUUCUGCCGCUGCCAGGCUUCUCGUCCCUCCUGCAAGGCCGCUACGGCAUCGAGCAGUGCUGCGUCCGUGGGUUUGUCCGCAUAGCCCACGAGCCCGCGGCGAUACGUCUGGGCACCGCCGCGAAACCGUUGAGGAUUCAACAGCUGGAGGUCGUGUUGAGUGGGAAGGCCACCACCGCGUACACGGAUGUGGCGGAGGGGUUGGAUACGGUGACCAGGGAGAAUGUCCUUUUGCAUAAGCAGGUCUCGCUGCUGACGGAAGUGGAGACUGUGCCGCCUGGGAGCGUGCUAGAUAUCCCGUUUGAGAUCCCGUUUCCGCCGGACCCAGACCCAGACUCGCUGCCGCCACCGCCGCCGGGAACGAACCCAUCACCUCAUUUACUGCCGCCGUCCAUGGCCUGCAUGGGCCGCCAAGCAUCCACCAUCAACUCAUACACGGGCAAAAUCUCCUACGAAGUUAUCGCAAAGCUGACAGAAGUUCCCUCCGUCGCCCUCGGCCUUUUCGCCCUCUCCCCCACCGUCCGCACAGCAACCGCCUCCCUCAACCCCUUCUGUGUCUACGAUCCACGGCUACUCCCCACCCUCCUACACCCCGACAUCCGCCGCUGGAGAUCCGCCCCCGGCGCCGUCCCCGUCGAAUACGACGUCGAAGUCGGCGCCAUCGCCAUGGGCCCCGGCGACUCCCUCCGCUUCGCCUACCGCAUCGUCGUAGCCCCCGAAUCCGCUCGAAAGGGCGUCCGUCUGAAACGAGUCUGCUUAUCCCUUCGCGAACACCACGUCAUCGGCGAACAACGCUGUCAGGGUCUUCCCGACGACCCCUACAAUCCCAUCGAACGCGUCGGCACGCGGGUAAAAGGAAUGUCCGAACUCCUCCGCUGGGAACAAUCCGAAUCGGUCCCCGAAUCCACCGAGAGCGAGUACGAGCUCUCCGAUUUCAGAUCAUCCCCACGUCACAGUCCACGCACCCGCCCGCUGCGUAUCCCCCCUUCCUCCUCCUCCACUUCGGAUUCAACCCAACUCCACCCCCAACCGUCCCCACCCCGCCACCCCGAAAAACACCCCCUCCCCCGCCCCGGCUUCAUCUGCCGCGGCGGCGACGGCCUCUCCGCCGAAUCCGAAACAAUGCUCCACAUCCCUUCCACCGGCGGGUUCGCCCCCACCACCGCCAAACCGCUCCCUCCAACCCCCAUCCCGCCCCACAACCUGCCCCCACCCGCCCACAUCGAAACCCGCCACUCCCUACAAGUCAGUAUCGAUUUCUACGGCGCCGAUAAACUGGUCAUGGAGUCUGGGUGUGUGCUUGCGUCGGUUGGGAGGGAGGAGUGCGGGCGGGUGGUGGAUGAGGAUCCGGAGAUUGUGCCGGUGUUGGAUUAUGAGAAGGUUGUGGGGGUCGAGUUGUGGGUGCCGGAGUAUAGGGAGAGGGAGAGUGUGGCGGAGAUGGUGGAGGGGUUGAGUGAGGAGACGGUGAGGGCUAUCAGGGCGAUGUUGAGGGCUGACGGGGCGGAUGGGGAGUUUGACGAAGGGGGGGAUGAUGAGCAUUCGACCGGUGAGGAUGAGGACGCACCCUAUUCUGCCACCCCCGACGUCCUUCCCUCCGAACUCACGAUACACGAAUCGACCCCGGGCUUGUCACACCCGCCUGCUCCUGCCGCCGAGUCUGCGGAUGCGGGCGGGGAUGAUGACGGGGUAGAUGCUGAUACGGAUACGUCGGAUUCGAGUGACGAUUGCUCAGAACAUGGGAACGAUCUGGGUUCGAUACCGGACUCCCCGCCCCCGCCGUUCGAUGAAGCCAUCGCCGCCUCAGCGAUCCUGGACCCUGCCUUGCCGUUGCCGCCAGAAGAUACUCCCUCAUCGCCAUCGUUAUCAUCAUCAUCAUCAUCGUCGUUAUUCUCCGAAUCGUCGGAAUCGGCAGAAUGUUCAGAACCCCCACCACCGCCUCCCCAGACACCUCCACCGUCACAACGGCCAACCGACCCGCUCUCCCAGCCGUCGCCCACCCGCGUCAACGACAGCAGCCACAGUCGCGCAUCGCCCACCACCCGCCGCACCCCAGACCUCCCCACGAACGGCAGCCACAGUCCGGUAUCACCCACCCGCACGCUCUCGCAACCACCCAAAGAGCAGCGCGCGUUCGCAGCGACGCCCAACGCGGAGGCGGGAUGA